AUGUCUUUCACGGACUGGGACUUCGGAUCGAACGACAGAACGCUCGCACGACUCGCACGAACGAAUCGAACGUUCUGUGAGCCUGCCCUGGAUGCCUUAUGGAGUGAAUUGAAUACUUUGAACCAUUUGCUGAAGAUAUUGCGAAGCUCUUACGAGGAAAGGGCCAUCGUAGGGCGUCCGGACAAGCCAUGUUGUUACGCAUAUCGUGUCCGUUCCCUCUCCAUAGGGAAUAUUCUCACCUCUGUCCACCCCUCGGUCUAUCCAAUACUCGCGCAAGCAACCCAAAGACGCGUGCUAUUUCCUCGCCUGACCACGCUCGAGUUUAACAAAGACAGGGUUAUGGACUAUGCCAGUAUGCACUUCAUUGCUCCAUUGCUGGUGUCAACUACACUCCAAAAAUUGGAACUCGCCUUACCUAAACCGCCGCGGUCAGAGAUCACGCGGGACAAUCUCUAUGACAUGCCCUCCGGGCCUGACGCAGUCGACCGAGAGGAAGUCGUGUCUAAGACCCUGGACCCUUUCAGCGUUGGCUGUCGGGAGUCACUCGUCCUUAUCGUCGAUACGGGCAUGCAGCCUCUACCUUCCAUGCGCCCGAUCGCCAAAUUCCAAAACCUUCAGACACUGGACGUCCGUUGCAUUUCGGUCGCUGACGUCUUACGCUACGGAUCCGAGAUACCCACGCUCACGUCACUCAGCGUCAUGCUCGUCUAUGACCCGGCGGAUGCUAUGCAGUCGCAACCUGCUGUACAAACACAACCUGCUGCACAACCGCAGCCUGCUGCACAACCGCAACCCGCUACACAGCCGCAACCCUUGCCGUCCACAUGUUUCUCCAAACCCCAGUCGCUUACCGUCACUGGCCGGGACUCGGAGGUAGUGAAGCUCAUCGGAGGCCUUUCUCGCACGACGCUGCCAUAUCUGCACAUCACAGUGGACCUUCAGCUUCCGCCUGACGGCAAUGCAUUCAGCGCUGCAUUAGCUGCGAAAUGUGCUACGAUGACAGCACUACGAGGAAUAUCAAUCUACUAUCGCUCCCCUCAGGAUCACCCCCUCUUAGGAUCUCUCUUCAGCAAUGUCGUACCCCUGCUGAGUCUGCAUAAUCUCGAAGACGUUACAAUAUCCUUCAUCUCAGCAGCCUUGGAUGUUACAGACGACGACAUGCAAAUGCUCGCUACUGCAUGGUCAAAAUUGAGGGUCCUGACGCUCUCCUGGGAUGUUUUCGACAGGGAGGUGCAGUUGACGCCGACAUCGACAUCUCUUCUUGGAUUCGCUCGUAGAUGCCCUCAGCUUCGCAAGCUCGGCCUCAGUUAUGUAGAUCUGACCGACGUUGGGGAACCGGCUUCGUGGCCAUCCGCCUCUCAUUCCUUACAGCAGCUCGAUGUUGAGUUUGGAUAUGAUGAUGAUUACGCCGGACUAAUCCAACAAGAAUUAGAUCCUGAGACGACCGCGAAAUUCCUCAAUUGUGUUUUUCCAACAGUGAAGCUAAGUCACAGCAUAUUCGACAGGCUCAAGAACUACGCGGAUGUGUUAGGCGCAGCCUGGGAGGCGCUACAGCAAGAGAGAAAAACAGUUGUACAGGAAGUGAUCGGGUGA